AUGCCGUUCGUGCCCCGCUGGAGGGACCACGUCUCCGUUUUUGGGCAGGAAACCGUGGAACGCAGGGGGCCGUCCAGGGUGGCUGCAGCAUCUCGGUUAGCUUCUGUAGGCGCUGCAUGGUUCCUCAUCGCCGCCCAGGCCCUUGCUGCGGUUGUGUUGUUUUUUUGGGCCUCUAUGGAUCUCGCGGACGCGGCUCCUCUCGUUGUACUGGUCUUCUCCUUUAAUGCCAUGAUGGUGUGGAAUUGGACGCCCGAUCCCGGCUUCGUCACGGACUCCGUGGAGCUCACCAGUGUGGAGGACCGGUCCCUUUUUCACUGGUGUUGCAAAUGUCGUCUGUGGCAGCCUUUGCGCGCCAAACACUGCGACCGCUGCGAGCGAUGUGUGCGGAAGUACGACCAUCACUGUUUCUGGAUAGGAGGCUGCGUUGGAGAGGCGAACCACCCAAGAUUCUAUCUCCUGCUAACUGUUGCACUGGCGUACCUGCUGUGUCUGGUGCCCAAGUUUUUAAGGUGCUUCAACCUUCGCGACUCCGAAACCCUGACAAACGUUUUUCUCCGCAAUGUUGUCCCGUUUGUGCUGCUGGUCGUGGGUGGCUUAAUGCUCUGCCUGGUAUUUGCGCUGUGGGUGGUACAUGGGGUGCUCUUGGCCAGAAACCAGACCACGUGGGAGUUCGCCAGUCGUUACAGAAUCACGUAUCUUUGCUCGCGACAAGGUAAUCCCUUUGAUCAUGGGUUUUUCUGGAAUAUCUCAUUUCUUUUUCACCGUGGCCCCGUCGAGUGGCACCUGGUCAUGAGUCACGAUGACACCACCCCGGUGUAG